AUGUAUCUUCCCAUAUCUUCCCUUUGUGGCACUUGUGGCACUUGUGGCAGGCGCGAAAAGGAAAGCCGGCGCCUGCUGCUGCGCUUCGGGGACGGGCGGCUGGCCUCCGCAGAGCUGAUGGGCUUGUCUGCCGCUGCGGACGUGGCGGUCUUGAAGUUGCAGGGGACGCAAGCCAAGCCGCUGCGGUUCAACGACACCUUGCCCAGGCAAGGUGACCAAGUCUCGGUGUGCGGCAUGACUCAGCACGGCUUGGAGGCAGUGAGCCUCUCUGGACAUGUGAGCCAACCCAGGCAGCGGUUCCGUGGUUUGGGAGAAGACCCAGCCACUCGCUUCGUCCAGCUGGCCCUGCCCACUCUGCCUGGCAUGUCGGGAUCUCCUGUGCUCGACAAGGAUGGCAAGGUGGUCGCCAUGGUCGCCAAGAAGUUUGAAGAGCACGGCCUGGCCAUCCCUGCAACAAGGGUGCGCCAGGUGGCCGAGUGUCUGGAGGCGGGGCAUCCCUGGCGCCUGCCCAUGCUGGGCCUGGAGGUGCAAGCCGCAGGCACGCUGGCAGCUCCCGCUGUGCUGGUCAAGGCCUUGAAGCCUGGGAGCGCUGCUGGGGCCGCUGGAGUGGAGGUGGGCGACGUGAUUGUUGCCAUCGACGAUACACCGGUGGCGAGCCUGCUGGACAUGCGCGAGGCGCUGCUGGCGAGAGGCGACGCCCGCUUCCCUGCGCAGCUGCGGCUUCGGCUGAGGCGGAGCGAAGCCACACUGGAGCUGCUGGUCGAGACACCGCGCGGGUGA